AUGGAUAAAGUCCUCAGGCCCGAGAGAUUCAGCGCCGAUCCAAGCACGUCUGGAGCAUCAAAAUCGUGGAUUCACUGGCGUCGAACCUUCGAAAAUUUCCUCGCCGUACUGACGGAAGAAGGCCUCGAUAAAUUUGGAGUCCUGACAAAUUUUAUUUCGCCUGCGGUAUUCGAAUAUGUAGAAGAAUGUGCCGACUACGAAUCGGCAAUCGAAACUCUUCAAAAUAUUUUCGUGAAGCCGACGAACGAAAUCCACGCCAGACACGUGCUCGCUACCAGACGACAACAGGUUGGUGAAACUCUAGACGAAUAUCUUCAAGCGCUCAAAACUCUCGCCAAAGACUGCAACUUUCAAUCUGUCACCGCUGCCAAAUAUUGUGAGGAAUAUACACGGGAUGCUUUCAUUACUGGGCUACAUUCUAACCAAAUACGCCAAAGGCUACUAGAAAACAAAACUCUAGAUCUGAAAACGAUGUUUGACCAGGCCAGGGCGCUCGACUCUGCCAUGCGCAGUUCAGAGAGUUACUCUGUCCCUCAACCUGUCAGCGUUGCAGCCUCAGCACAAGAAAUGACCGCUCAGAAUCCAAUCCAAGUUGACUCUGCUCAGUCAGACUCCACACUCGCUGCAAUUGAUUCAAAGUGCUUCUUCUGUGGAAAUCCUAAACACCCUCGUUCCAAGUGUCCAGCCAGAGAUGCAAUUUGCAAUAAAUGUCAAAAGAGGGGACAUUUUGCGAAAGUCUGCCGAAGCAAGGCCUCUAAACCCAGCGAAGUUUCAGCUGCUCUCUGGCCACCUACUCUUGCCACCGUAGGAAUUCCCCAAUCUCUUAAAGGAUCAACUGCUACUGUUGUUGUCAACAAGGUCUGGAGUGUAGAAGCACUCUUUGACAGCGGAAGCAGUGAAAGCUACAUACAUCCAAGCCUCGUUGAAGUAGCUGCUAUCUCUGUUAACCCUUCGGUCAGCCAGGUCUCCAUGGCAACAUCUUUGUUAAGUACAAAGACCGAGGGCUCUUGCUCUGUUACUAUUAACUACCAAGGUCAAACUUAUAAAGACUUUCGCCUGUUGGUUAUGCCAGGGCUUUGCUCUGAUCUGAUUUUAGGACUCGAUUUUCAGUCUCAACAUGAUAGUGUCACAUUCAAGUAUGGCGGAACAAAACCGCCGCUGUCGGUAUGCAGUCUCACUACUCUGAACAUAGAGCCCCCAUCACCAUUUUCAAACCUCACUGCCGACUGCCAUCCUAUUGCUACAAAGUCCAGGCGCUACAGCAAAGAAGACCUGAACUUCAUUGGCAAUGAAGUAGAACGGUUGCUCAAGGAAGGCAUUAUUGAGCCAAGCCGGUCCCCUUGGCGGGCACAAGUAGUUGUCACAAAGGAUGAAAAUCACAAGAAACGCCUAGCUAUUGAUUAUUCCCAGACAAUCAAUAGAUUCACCCAACUAGAUGCUUUCCCGCUGCCGAGGAUCAGUGAUACGAUCAACGAAAUAGCUCAGUACAAAGUGUUCAGUACCCUUGACCUCCAGAGUGCGUAUCAUCAAAUACCUUUAAGAGAAGAUGACAAGCCUUACACUGCGUUUGAAGCUAAAGGUGGGCUUUAUCAGUUUACCAGGCUUCCUUUCGGUGUAACCAACGAUGUAGCCUGCUUCCAAAGAGAAAUGAUGAGAUUUGUUGAAGAUAACCACUUGAAAGCUGUGUUUCCAUACAUCGACAACAUAACUGUAUGUGGAAAGGAUCAAGCUGACCAUGAUGCUAACCUCAUAUUAUUCCAGGAGGCUUCUCAAAAGUCCAGACCCCGAAAGAUUAAGGCCUCUACUGGAGCUCCCACUGCCGCAAAGCUCAAAGGCUCUUAA